AUGCUGUCUCUCGUCGCUCUCCUCUUCCUGGUUACGGUAAACGGCAAUUUUCGGGACGAGGUGUUCGACGUCGAGCGCGAUUGGCAGAACCGGGAAUAUAUCUUCAACUUUUCAUCAGCGGAUGCCGACGAUUUGGCGGUAUCUUUCCACGAUGGAUUUCGAGAGAAUACAGUGGCCAUGGUGCCACUUUGUUUGCUCUACCAGCGCAGUUCCGGCAAGCUCACCAUCGGCUUCGAGUAUCUGCGCGAACAACCGGUUCGAUCGGUGGACAAAGGCCUCAACUUUGAGCGACAACUGCCUGAUUAUCUGAAGUCCUACUUCUACUAUCAAAUUACGAUUUCGCUGUCUAAGACAAAUGAGGUGAUCCCUCCGCAAGAACCCGGGUUACAGCCGUCGUUUAACGAAUGGCGCAUCAUCUUUGAUAAUAAAAACUACACCUAUCGGCAAUACGUCGACACCGACCUGUUCGAUAAAUCGCAGCGUUGGUAUUGGAAGGUUUGGGCGAAGGGCGGCACCACAACCGAGUGGAAAGUGACCAGUAUAGAACGCGGGACAGAGAGCCUCGGCUACACAAUGCAGGGAUGGAAGGAGAAUGCCGAUUUUGACGAGCGACAUCACGUGUUGAACCUU